AUGCGUGCCGCCCCGGCUGUCGAAGCGCAGCUUUUAAUAGCCAGCCCAUCCGCGCUGUGUCUGGUGGGUGCUGGCCUCUCACCACCAAGACUUCUGACCAAGACUACUCCUCCUCCCAGACAAGCCCACACUGUCAAAAUGGCCUCGGUCGCAGCCACAGCUGAAAAGUCACUGCUUACACUCCCCGUCGAUGUCCUCAAGGGCAUCACUAACAGCCUCGAUCAGAGCGAUGAAAAGUCACUUAAACAGACGUGCAGACGCAUGAGUCUCCUCCUGGCGCCCCCACCGGCGGCUCGCCUCGGAGCUGGAGACAACCCCGCCAGGGACGGGAGAUCAACCCCGCUGCCCCAGAGCCCCCUCCCAGAGAAGGCAACAAUCACCCUCCGAGAGCUGGAGCAGGAGAACCACGAAGUCGAGCAGCGCGAUGCGCAGAGGGGGAUGGAGCUCUCCGACACGGAAGACGGGUUCGACGAUGACAGGUCGGACAUCGGCUCCAAGCCCACAAAGUACAAGGGCAGCAAGAUCCUGAACUGGACGGCGCAGCUCGAGUCGGCGCCCUCGAGCCCCAGGCUUCGCAGUCCUGCAUCAUUCCUGAACAGCCCACGGCCAGAAUCGCCGCGCCCGGCAGAGGUCGAAUCGCCAGCGAGGCAGUAG